GAAACGUGCACGUAGGACCGAACAAACGGGCGAGCGUUCCUGGUAGUCUAUGAGGUGGCCGAGCUCGAGUUCACCGCGCCGGCAGUCGGAGCACGGCGGCCAUGCCCCAAAGGAGGUUAACUGCUCUCCUUACUGAGGAAUACUAAAAGCAUUUUUUUCUGCAUCCGGAAGAAAUGGCGGACAUUUUAGCCGGAGUUGUCAUUUGUCUAAUGGCAGUGCAGACCGUCCAGGUUGAGGGGAAUAAAACCAGGACCACAAACAGACCACAAUUUGAAGGGUUGCCAAAAUCUUUCAAGGGCAAGACGCAACACAAUCUCACAAAGAAUCUGUCGGCGGGUGUCUAUCCGAGCGGAGAGCCGUGGCUGGAUGUGGACCCAGACGAUGCUGCGACAGCCUACGCCAGAGGGGUCUUAAGCACCUGGAUCCUUCCUUCAGCUUACAUCUUGGCCAUGAUUGUGGGUAUCCCCUCCAAUGCCUACAUUCUGGCCUUCCUCAGAGGGAGACUCCAAGGAAAGUCCUUGUCCACAGUUGUGCUUUAUCUGAACCUGGCCUUGUCAGAUCUGCUGCUCCUGCUUUCCCUGCCGCUGCGCGUUCACUACCAUUUCAGCGGGAACAACUGGGCAUUUGGGGAGAUCUGCUGCCGCCUGAUGACAGCCUUGUUUUACGGUAACGUCUACUCCUCGGCGCAGACGAUAGCGUGCAUCAGUCUGAGGCGCUACCUCGCUGUGGUGAAGCCUUUCCUUUAUAGAAGGCUGGCCAAGACCGCAGUGACAGUGUGGGCGUGCGUCAUUGUGUGGUUCCUAUUUGGAGCAACUAUUGUACCAGAGCUGCUGGUCAGGCAAAGCUAUUGGCUUGAUGGGCUGGGGGUCACCACCUGUCAUGAUGUGCUUCCCCUUGAAGAAACAUCCCAUUCGCUGCUAGUGGCCUACAGACUGACGCUGGCUUGUGUGGGUUUUGUAGUCCCCUUUCUGAUUUCCAUCUAUGCACACGUGUCAGUCGUACACCACCUCGGACAGUCGGGGUGUAACUGGAGACCUUUCAUCAAGAUCAGCACUCUGGUUUUCAUCAUCUUCACGGUGUGUUUCUUGCCCAGCGGAAUCCUGCACAUCGCACACUACGCUCGCCUGUUUUCCAGCGGCGACGACAAACUCUACGGAUACUACAGAUUUGCUGUGUGUCUCUGCUGCUUGCACAGUUGUUUGGAUCCCUUCCUUUGUUUGCUCAUUUCUAAAUCGGCCGCGUCGGAGAUACAAUUCAUCUCCGUCCGCAGGAUCUCAGAAAGGCUGACUGUUAAGAUAUGCGACUGAAGGCGUGCACGGAAAACUCGGGACCAUUGUUGGGACACAGCGGGGAAUCGCAACCUCGGAAACAUCUGACAAUGGAAAAUAAACAGGGUACGUGCCGAGAAUAAAACUCUCUUUGCAAACGUAAGCUCGGAUGUACAGCACCGUGACAGGAAGAUGUUGAAAUAUUGAUCGUGUGAGAGCAGUGAACAGUUGAACCAACUAGAGGGCAGUAAUAUUUACAAAACAUUCAAAAAAACAAACAAAAACAAAAAAAAAAUCUAAUAAAUCUUACCUUGACAAACGUGGAGUUCUUAAAAUGCAUCACAGAUUAAAAGAUUUCACAAUUCAAAAACUAAUGACAGGAAAUUGUAUUUUUUUUGUGACGUGUAACAAAAAGAGCAACUUAUUCGUCUUUGGUUUUCUUUCUAACUAGAAGUUCAUGGUCGUCGACGAUAUGUUGAUGAAAACACUAAAUUGCUCCUUAAUUUUAUCAUCUGAGCCAUCAAAAAGAAAAUGGAAUGCCAUUGUGUAUGUAUUUGGAAUAUCCAUGCUCAUCAGUUUCAGAAAGCCUAAAAACCUCGCUGAUAUCAACAAAAAUGCCAAAACCGAAGGUGGUACCAUUUGUCCACGUUGAGCACUGAAGUCAUUGAACACCAAAUGAAUCUGGGGUGGAAAGAAAUAUAG